UGAAGAAGUUUUCAUCUUUGGGCCUGAUACUGUAUAUUGAAUAUAUUUAGAUAGAUUUGCUCAAGAUGAAGCUUGUCCUAACAGUGUCACAGAAAAUAUUACAAAAAAGCAUAGCUAACUUUAAGCAAAAUUUUACAGUAUGCUGCUAAAUCUUCUUGACUCUAUUAUUUUCAUUUCUCCAGGAGCUGCAGUAUCCCCCAACUUUAUCUUGCAUUUAGGCAGCCAGUAGCUCUAACUUGUUCCCCCUGAUCAAGACUUGUGCUCAGGGAAGAAUUUAGCAUUGGUCACUUAUAUCUCAGUUAGAAUACAUUUAACCUUUCCCAAGAGAAUUAACCAUUUCACCCAGUAAUACUGGUGAAAUGAUAGACUUUUUCAUCCUUCAGAGGAGUUUCACAUGAGCAAGUUUGGGAGAGAAAGAGAGAAGAAGGCAGAGAGAUGGUGGCAUUGAUAUUCCCAAAAAGGGGGAAAUUAUACCACUCUGGCAGCAAUCUCCUCUAGCAACCCAUUUGGCUCAGACUAGGAACAGCAACAUCUUCAACUGUAAAGUCCUGGUAAGGUAUUCAGGACCAUCAAAACUCAGAACUAACCCCUGCUUUAUAGACCGUCACUGAAAACAUUUUCCCAUGAAGAAUUUCAUGUCAAUACUUGAGAUGCCCGUAUCCUUUUAUUAAGGAAGGCUGGCUGUUGAUGGAAGCUAAGCAUUUCUUCCAGAGCCAUGAUUAUACUUUGUAUAGAUACUAAACAAAAGCAACAACAAAAAAGAGAGAACAUUUACCAUCAGCCAACAUUCACCGUGAGAGUCCUAUUCAGUGAAGAAAGCAUAUUAUAGAGGAGGAGAGCUUUAGCAUCGAAGUAGGUACUGGAAGCUCUCAAAACACUUUAACUCAAAAACAGUUUGUUAAUUAAAGAAACAUCCAUCAAUAAUAAAUUUAGCAGGAUUUUGCAGCAGUAAGGUUCAAAUUUUAGAAAAUUCUAAUGUAAAAAAUUUGCCGAUCUUCCAAAUGAUGUAACUGGAUACUGAUUUGCUAAGUACCUAAUUAUCAUCUUUAUCAUUAUUUAUCCAAAGACAUGAAACCUUUUAGUUUUGAUGACUAACUAAAGUGACACCAUCAAAAAAUAAAGUUUUGUUUGAAUUGAUGAACAUGUGCACUAUUUUCUUACAGGUAGGAAAUGAUUAGAAUUAUCUAGCAAUUUUCAGAUAUGUCUAUGGGGUAACCUGUUGUUGGAAGUUAAUUUUAAUCACCCCAUAACUGAAGAGUAUGUUUUCUGGAUCUGUAAAGGUGGGAAAAUAUUCUUCUGUCUCAUAUAAUAGGAGAGAUACUUUUCUAGGAAUAUCUUUAUAGGCCUUCCUUUACAUGGGCUAUAAUAAACCCCUUUCUGCAACUCAUGAAUCAGAGUUUUACCAAAUGCCAAAUCGUUUUGCUGACCUCAGGAGUGGAAAUGUCGGUAAGUAUGUGGUAGGUGGUAUUGUAAUUCAAAGGUAUUACCAGCACGGGUGUUCUUGGCAUUUAUUCAUGGCGUCACCCAUAGCCAUUGUAACAGAAGAAAUUAAGACUGAGGCAAAGGAGGUUAGGGCAAUAGAAAAAAAUGGCAAAUGACAUUCCUUCAGGUAGGUGAGAUACUAGCAGAAUUACCACAGCUAUUCUUCUUCCUAGAUUUUCUCCUUUUUCAAAGUCUGGAAAACAUUCAGCAGAUUUGCCAAAUACAACAGAUUUGCCAUUGGAGAACAGAGGCUUUGGUAUUUCAAAACAGAAGAUUGUUAGAUGCUGCUUUUGAAAUGAUUUCAAAUCAAUGUUUUUAAAGGCCUGCCGAGUCCAUCACUAUGACCGAUGGGGACUAUGACUAUCUGAUCAAACUCCUGGCCCUUGGAGAUUCGGGGGUGGGGAAGACGACAUUUCUUUAUCGAUACACAGACAAUAAAUUCAAUCCCAAGUUUAUCACCACUGUAGGGAUAGACUUCCGGGAAAAACGUGUGGUUUAUAAUGCACAGGGACCCAAUGGAUCAUCAGGGAAAGCAUUUAAGGUGCAUCUUCAGCUGUGGGACACUGCAGGACAAGAACGAUUCCGGAGCCUCACAACUGCAUUUUUCAGAGAUGCCAUGGGUUUCUUAUUAAUGUUUGACCUCACCAGUCAACAGAGCUUCUUGAAUGUCAGAAACUGGAUGAGCCAACUGCAAGCAAAUGCUUAUUGUGAAAAUCCAGAUAUAGUAUUAAUUGGCAACAAGGCAGACCUGCCAGACCAGAGGGAAGUCAAUGAAAGGCAAGCCCGGGACCUGGCUGACAAAUACGGCAUACCAUAUUUUGAAACAAGUGCAGCAACUGGCCAGAAUGUGGAGAAAGCUGUGGAAACCCUUCUGGACUUAAUAAUGAAGCGAAUGGAACAGUGUGUAGAGAAGACACAAGUCCCUGACACCGUCAACGGUGGAAACUCGGGAAAGCUAGAUGGGGAGAAACCAGCAGAGAAGAAAUGUGGCUGCUAGUCCCUGCAUAGGAACUGAUCAUCAAAAACCCCACCCAAAUAUUAUUUCCCAAAACAGCGGCAAACCACAAAAUUGUUGUUGAGUAGAACAUGCAUACUGGCAUAUCUUGCUUUUCUGCCUGAAAAAUCUAUUUUAAGAAACCAGAAUAGUCAACAGUGUUCAAAGGAUUGACCAGUUGUCUCUGAGGCCCCUCCAGACAAGAUCAGAGAUUUCCUAAUGUGGUCUCACUAUGAUGGAUGCUCAAUUUGUGUGUGUGUGUGUGUGUGUGUGUGUGUGUUUUUAUAAAGAAGAUGAGUAGAUAAGAAAGUAUUCAAGAUGAUUAUCUGUGAGUUUUAAAUCACAACAAAAAUUACCAUGUCACAUGGGGGAAAGGGAUAGGCCAGUAAAGGGAAAAUAUAGAAAGACAAUUUUUUUCUUAAAGAUUGGAUUUACUUCUCAUAUAGAAUUUGAUUUGUCCUUUUAGUUUUGCAUUGGGGGGACAUAUUUUGCUAAAAAUGGGUACCCAAUAAAGAAAUCUAAAUCGAUCGUUAAGAAUGACAUGGCUAUGCACACCCAAUAAGCUGUCCUAGGAUGGCUUAAUUGCUGAUAAGUUUAUGAGAGUGUGAAAGUCAGACUUCUGCUAAAAUAUGGGAGAUUGUAUAUUAAUGUCCUUUUUAUAUUCUUAAUAAAUGACAAAUAGACAAGGACAGGACUGUGAAUGACAAAGUACAAAAGAAAUGCCCUGGAAGAAAAAUGAACGUAUGAUAACAUGGCAUUUGGACAAAUGAAAUUAAAUGUGUCUGUUACAGAUGUCUGGAAGAGUCAUUUAGCCAAAUUUCACCCAAGCCAAUUAGAAGUUGACAUUAUCACUUGGGAUUAAGAGAAUCUCCAGAGGUUUCCCUUUCAAACAAAAUUUUGAAAAUCAGUUCAUUGUUCAGUCUCACGUUUCAUUUUUCUUAGCAAAUGGUCAUGAGGAGAAAUUAAAGGUUGCCAAAUUUCUUUAUUUCUUUAGAAAUGCAGUCAAGAAAAACUAUUUAGCCUUACUUGGUUUUUUUAGAUAAAAUAUGUCAGCAAUAUGAAAAGAAAAAGUGACUAAUAGUUGUGUGUUUCUUUUUAAUUUACAAAAACAAUGGAAACUUGGAAUCACUUUUCUACCCUCCACACCCACCCCUGGCUUUGAAUCAAUUGUAGAAAUACAGGUGUAUCACUUUGUAGAGCAACAACGUCAGAAUGAUGGAUGGUUUUAUGCUUGCUCUGAAUUUUCAUGUCAUUCAUCACAUAACAAUUGAUGAUACCUCAUGCCAUAAAACAAUAUAUUUAACAUUUGUUUUCAUUUCGCCUCAGGCAAAAUACCCACCUUUGAAGUAUAUUUGGGGGUAGGGAAAGAGUGGAGCUAUAUCUUAUCUCUAAAAAGUUGGUUAAUCAUUUUAUUUUUUCACAUAAAACUGCCUUUUUUAAAAAAAAAAUCAUCACAAACAUAUUUUCCAUUGUCCUAUUCUUAGUAUUGUGUCUAAACUGAUAUUACAUUGUUUUUUUUUUAUCUUUAUGGUAAGCCUAAGGAACUCCUAUUAAACGAUUAUUUAAAUACUUGUCAGUUUUACCUAUAACAAAGGCAUCACGCUUCAAGUUUUCUCUUUUUAUCAUGAGUAUAUAAUUUUGAUAGGAUGGUUCCUCUUCCUAUAAAAUUUGCUAAUUAAAUUUCAUUUUGCCAUACUCUGUAUAUUUUUAAAUUACAAACAUUAGGAACCCUAAAUCCAAGUCCCCCAUUCUCCCCUUGAGCCUCUCUCUAAGGUCUACAUCUGGUAUUGACUCAGUUUUAGGAACACAGAUCCAAAGGAUUGUCUAAGAUGUUCUUGCAAAAUUCUCAGUGUUAAUUGCUCAGUUCCUCUGACUUCUGCAGCAUAAGGCCAGCUUCUAAGAUCCAUCCUGCUUGGGUGUUCCUUCCAAUGGUGUUUUUCUCUACGAUGCUCUUCGUGACCUCAGUGCCUGAGCCAUGGGGAUAGGAAGCUAUUAGCCAAGCUCAAAGAUGUUUUAACUGAGAGUAAAGUGAGAAGAAGCAAUAUAAUCAUUGCUGUGGCAAAAUUUGGCAAACUUCCUAUGGUCAUUUUAUCAACUCUUCUUUGGAUUCGAAUUGUGAUGUCCCCUGCAUCUCCGUAAUAGGGAAUGUUUAGCCUUUAUAAAAUCCUAAAGGUAUUCUAUUUUGGAUUUGGUUUUUUGUUUUUGUUUUUGUUUUUGUUUGCUGUUUGUUUUUGGUUUCUAUUCUUUUUCCAGUUAUAUGAUUGACUUAUUUUUGCCAAGAUUCUGUCAUUGUCAGUUAUUUCACAAGAAUUUCUUCGGAGUCUAUUUUAAGAUCAUUAUUUGAUAGAUGUAGCAUGAAGCAGAGGGCGAUGAUGCCCAUAAUUAUAGAACUAUGCCUAUAAAAAUAACAAUUAUUGGGUAGCAUUCUCAAGAGGAAGGAAAUCUAAAGAAGACAAGGAAACUAAAAUAGCAUCCUACUUAUAAAUAAGUACUUGAUCUAAAAAAAUAUUUUCUCUGACAAGUUUGACAUCUGAUCCCAAAUUCUAUGUGACCAUUACUGGAAAUUCCUUCACUUAAUUAUUUCAGAAUUAAUAAUUAUGUAUAAUCCAUUUUAUAAUUUCAAAUUGGUUUGAAAUUUCUUGUUAGUAUACAGAUUGCUUUAAAGAAUUGCAUACCUCCUUUAACCCAAAACAGCAUGUAUUUUUAGCCCAGAUGUAUCCUGUUAUUAUUAUCUCCCAAAUGCUUUGGUAAACCCCCAUACUGUAUUUUGGGGAAAUAUUUAAAAUGUAGAUGAAACUUCUUUCUGAUAUAGAAAUCACUUCUGGAGUGCUUACACUAGUUUGAUGUUUACAUUGCUCUAACACAGUGCCUCGAAUACCUCUGUGACCAAAUUUGUCUCCAACCACAUAGCUCACAGUUCCUAUGAUGUCAUAAAAGAAGAGGGCCUCACAGAGACACUAAUACAGUGAAAGAUAUCCUGGUGUCUUCAGCAAAGCGUACAGGAUGUUACUGGAAUCUGGAGAUGAUUACCACCAUCUCUUUCUCCUAAGCUUCUCACGGAAAGGGCAUUGCUUGAGAUUCAACUGUGAGUAGGUACAAGGUUACCUUCUAAUACACAAAAAGAAAAAUCCUUUGAAAACUGUGUCAAAAAAUAGCUGAGAAAACAUGUCGUCUUGGUAUGACGGGUGUCACAAGUCAUAAAUUGGCAGAGAAAAUGCGAAACGCUAGGAAUUGAGCUUGUGGGUCUCUACGUAAGUUUUAGAAUUCUUGAAACUGCUCUAGUGAUUUGCUAUCAUUUCCAUAUUAUCAGCUAUACACUGCAAAAAAAUUCAAAACCAGCAUUUUCUAAAGCAAAGUAAACAUUUCAUCUGUUGUUCUUAACCAGAUGGGCCAGUCCGGUCCAUGUAUCAGCGGAUGUCUUUGUUAUGCUUCUAGCGUAAAUUAUUCUCUGCCAACCUGCACACAUGAAAUAAAAUGAACUGGGUAAGAGUUUUAAUCCGAUCUUUCUUGUCUCCACUGUAAGAGGGAGAAGUUUGACCAUAGGGAAUUACGUGACGACAUUAAGAAUAAUUUAAUAACAGCCAAAAUAUCCUAUAAAGUGUUAAUUGAAUCCAGUGGAAAUCAAUACGUUUGAUGAAGCUCAUCUACAUACUCAUCAGCCAGAAAGAGAAGCAAUAUGUGUAAUAGUGAAUAGCUAGGUAUAGUAGGAACCUGGAACCUAUGUCCAUGACACAAAAUUAUUCACUGCUCUGUAUCUCUGCUCACUUUUAAAAAGGUUACAUAUGCUUUCUUCAGUGUCUAUUAUACUAAAACAAUGAAGGAAAAUUCUCAUCCAUGAAGAAUUUUGGGGUUAUCAUCUCCAACUCAAACUGUAAAGAGAUAAUAUUGAAAUUUCUGGUUUCCUAAGAGAAUGAACUCUUUAAAAGAGAGCUCUGAGAGCUGGUGUGAGCCAAAGGGAUGGAAAAGUUGUCUUUCACCCUGUACCACCAAGCUUUAAAACAUUAAAAGAAGGCUGGUGCCUGUGAAUAUUUUAGGGAAAGCUUUGUUAUCUUUAAAGAUGCCAAGAUGCUUGAGAAAGUUGUCAGAGAAUUCACCAAACACUAUAUUUUCUUCUUGAUCCUCGACCAAUAUGAUAUAAACUUGUUUCCGGGGAGAGCGCUGAGCUCUUAGACAUGGAAAGCAGAAAUAGAGUAUUAUCUGAGAUGAAUGUUGUCUCAAUGCUUUAUAAACCCAUGACGAUAUUUGUCUCAAAGUAGAACUGAUAAAAUCAUUGUUAGAAAUCUAAGGAGUUUUAUAAAUUUGUUGCCUUAGAAUUCUUAGGUGGAGACCCAAACAUGAUGACAUUGUUGGGGAAAAGCUGUAAAGGGAGGUUAGAGUUAAAUGUUGCCUGAAUAGUGUUCUUAAAUAUUGCGGAACACACAGAAGGCCAUACUUUGAGUUUGACUUUUAGGUAGAAAACAAAAGGAGAAUUAGUAACAGGUAGAGUUUUUGUAACUAGAUCCAUGGCAAAUAUUUAACCAUCAUUUUUAUCUACCAAGUAGUUUAUGCCUUUAGAACUAAGCUAAUAAAAACAUUCAAACGCCAAAUGUUUCAUUAGUGGCAUCAAAAUGUGGGAACUUUGAAACAUUUUGUUUGCUCUAUCCGAACUUAAUUUUUUCAUAAAUUGCAUUUUGAUUAAUUUUUCAAGGAAUAGAAUCAAAAAGAUGCUUCUCUGCAGAUCUCCUUUUACCAACAGUGUAUGGUUGAGAUAUUUUCUAGCUUCAUAUAUAGAUAGAACAAAAAACAAGCAAAAAACAUUAGUAACAAAAUAGUGGGGUUAUUUAAAAGGGUGUCAGCUUUUGAAGAAAAAAACUUACAAAGAAAUCAUCUUUGAGUCGAUCAAACUUGUUUAAUGGCUCCUUUUCUUUCCAACAGGUCACGGAAAUCAUGGCUAAUAUCCCUCAACUAACUUAGUCUUUAAGAAUCAUUAGCAAAUUUUGUAGAAGUGGGCAUGUCUGUCCUUAACCUAAUGGAUCCCUUAUUUAACCAAAGGCUCUUGUCCUUAUAUCUGUUGGAAUAUCAAAAUAGUGUCUGUCCCUAGUAAACGUAUUCUUAUAAUUUUCUGUUCUCCAGGUUAUUUUUUUAAAUCCUCUUUGAGAGGAAACCUAGUAUUGUAGAAAGGAGACUCGUCAGAAAGAACAAUUUGGGGCUCAUGAGUGUGCCAUUAAAUAUCUUAGUGGCUUCUCUUCAUAUGGAACUUACAAACCCUGUGUCCCUCAUAGAGUUCAUGUCAGUAUCAAAGGAAACUACAUCUAAGAAAUUGGUUUGUAAAUUAUGUUCCCUUUUGUAAACAGGCACUAUUAUCAUAAGCUAAGAGUAAUAAAAAUUACAGUAAUAAUUUAAACCACUUGUGAAAAGAAGUGUCAUAGCAGGGACAAAACACCAAUUUUAGUAGUGGGUAUUGGAAGGCAUAAAAUGUUAGCAACUUGAAGUCGUUGUAUUUGAUUGGAAAUGUUUAAUAUAUCUCAAGUUCUUGAAAAAACUAUGAGCUCUAUUUCAUUUUGUAUGUCAUCUUGUAUUUCUUUCAAGGAGUCCAAUUACAUUCUAGAUAGUAUAUUACAACUUGGUCAGAUCCUCCUUGUACAAAUAGGGCUUUUGUGUCCAUAGCCUUGCAAAAGGUACUGACUGCAUCUGAAAUUAUCUAAGAGAAAUAAGUUAUCCUGCUUAAUGUAUUAAAAAUAGAUAAUGUUCAACAUAACACUGAAGUGCUUCACUGUAUUCUGACAGUCUACCUUUAAGUGAUAUUAUUCUCAUUGUUAGGCUAAGCACUUUUGAUUGUUUUGUCUGUCAUCUACACAGACCACUGUUUUGUCUAGUGCUAUGAAUGUAAAUGAAAACCUUAAACACGGUGUUUUUACUUUAUGCACCCCUGAGUAGACUGUGGUGCCUGACAAACACUGUUAGAUCAUAAUUUUGUUGUAUCAAAGUUCUAGUGGCUUCAGAAAUCAUAGCAUCCAAUGAUUUUGUGGUGUCUGGGUUUGAACACUAUGGUGGAGAACUGUAUUCAGUGAUUGUUUCUGCACAUUUUUUCAAAUAAAAAUGCAUUUUUAUCAGUAA